GGCUUCUUCUUUACAAGCUGAUCUCGACCGUCCAAAAUUAGGGUUAAAAUAAGAUCUCAUUUCUCCGGCCCUUUGAGAUUAGGGUUUUACAAUCGCGACUCACUCCGUUCAAAUCUUCUCCAGCUCGCAUCCUCUAAUUCAGGGAAAAUGGUCGAGGGAAAUGCUGUGGUUCCAGAAUCAUUCUUGAAAAAGCAGAAACGAGCAGAUGAAUGGGCUCUUGCAAAAAAGCAAGAGGUCGAAGCUACCAAGAAAAAGAACUUAGAGAAGAGGAAGCUGUUCUUCAAUCGUGCUAAGGGAUACGCAGUAGAGUAUGCGAAGCAGGAAAGAGAGUUGAUAGACUUGAAGCGUGAGGCAAGAUUGAAGGGUGGUUUCUAUGUUAGCCCAGAGCCCAAGCUGUUGUUUAUCAUCAGGAUCCGAGGUAUCAAUGCCAUUGACCCAAAGACCAAGAAGAUCUUGCAACUUUUGCGAUUGAGGCAGAUAUUCAAUGGUGUUUUCUUGAAGGUAAACAAAGCAACCCUCAACAUGUUGCACAGGGUGGAGCCUUAUGUUACAUAUGGAUACCCCAACUUGAAAAGUGUUAAAGAGCUGAUUUACAAGAGGGGCCAUGGAAAACUUAAAGGGCAGAGAAUCGCCUUGACAGACAAUUCCAUCGUUGAGCAGGCUCUGGGCAAGUUUGGAAUACUCUGUGUUGAAGACUUGAUCCAUGAAAUUAUGACUGUUGGACCUCACUUCAAGGAAGCGAACAACUUUCUCUGGCCAUUCCAGCUCAAGGCACCACUUGGUGGUCUCAAGAAGAAACGAAAUCACUAUGUUGAGGGAGGUGAUGCUGGUAACCGUGAGGGAUUUGUGAAUGAGCUCAUCAGAAGGAUGAAUUAGAUUUCUCUCGGACUGUUCCAAAUUGAAUGUCGCCGGUACUUUGGUUUUACAUUUUUACUGUUAGUGCUCUGGUAUCAAGACUCUGUAAUAUGUUUUAUUUUUGUUAUAGUAAAAUUAAAGUGAAGUUGAAUCUUAUAGUUACUUGGUUUGCUUUCAAUGAUGAAUUCAACUUUUUUGCA